UGAGCAGAGAAACCUCAGUAAAGAUGGCUGAUCAUUCAGUAGGCUCUAACAAUUCUGACUUCUCGCCAGUUGGAGUACCAACGAUUACUAAAGAGUUUGACAAUAACUCCGCCAAAAUUGAGCUACCGGCGCAACUCGACCUCCUUCUCGAUCGCUUCCUUCUGAGCCCCUGCAAGUCGCUCAAAGCGAAGCUGCUGACAAUGAGCUCUGGAGGUGGACUGGAACCUGCCAACUACAGGCUCACUAAGAACACAGCUCUCCUUACAUACACCGAUCUGCUGCCUUACAACACGCAGCAAGGCGUGCCCAUCACUCGAGAAUUCCUGCUCAAGUUGAUCGAAGUGCUCCUGGAAUUCGUACGACAGACGAAUGACAGGAACUGCAAGGUAUUGGACUUCCACCACCCGGCCGACAUGAGGCGUCUGCUGGACUUGGACCUACCAGACAGACCGGUAACCUUGCAGCAGCUCAUCGACGACUGCUGCCUCACGCUCAAGUAUCAGGUGAAAACAGGGCACCCUCGAUUCUUCAACCAGCUGUCCUGUGGUCUGGAUUUGGUCUCCAUGGCGGGCGAGUGGCUUACGGCGACUGCAAACACUAACAUGUUCACUUACGAGAUCGCACCAGUCUUCAUUCUCAUGGAGCACGUUGUCAUGGAGAAGAUGCGAGAAAUCAUCGGCUUUCAGGGCGGCGACUCCAUACUGGCACCAGGAGGCUCGAUAUCGAACUUGUACGCCUUCCUGGCAGCUCGGCAUCGCAUGUUCCCGGACUACAAGCAGAAGGGCCUCAGCUGCAUACCGGGACAGCUCGUCAUGUACACAUCAGAUCAGUGCCAUUACUCGGUCAAGAGUUGCGCAGCUGUGUGUGGCCUGGGAGUGGACAACUGUGUCGAGGUGCCAUCUGACGAGAGAGGGCGAAUGAUCCCUUCGGAACUGGAGCGCUUGAUUCUGGAGAGGAAAGCAAAGGGUCACAUACCCUUCUUUGUGAACGCGACCGCUGGAACUACAGUGUUAGGGGCAUUUGACCCCAUCGAACCGAUUGCCGACAUCUGCCAGAAAUACAAUCUGUGGCUGCAUGUUGAUGCUGCUUGGGGAGGCGGCCUACUACUGUCCAGGAAAUACCGACACCCGAGACUCUCUGGCAUUGAGAGAUCGGAUUCUGUGACGUGGAAUCCACACAAGCUGAUGGGGGCGCUUCUACAGUGCUCCACGAUACACUUCAAGCAGGAUGGGCUGCUGAUCAGUUGCAAUCAGAUGAGCGCCGAGUACCUGUUCAUGCAGGACAAACUGUACGAUGUCCAGUACGACACCGGGGACAAAGUCAUUCAGUGCGGCAGACACAACGACAUUUUCAAGCUCUGGCUACAAUGGCGUGCAAAGGGCACAGAGGGUUUCGAGAAACACAUGGACACAUUGAUGGAGUUGUCAGAGUACAUGGUGAAGCGCAUCAAGUCGAUGCCCGACAAAUACUACCUCAUCCUUGAGCCCGAAAUGGUCAACGUUAGCUUCUGGUAUGUGCCCACCCGUCUACGUUCCAUUCCCCACAGUCCCGAGAGGGCGAAGUUGCUCGGACAGAUCACACCAGUCCUGAAGGGUCGCAUGAUGACAGCAGGCACGCUGAUGGUGGGCUAUCAGCCCGACGAUGCACGACCCAACUUCUUCAGGAAUAUUAUCUCAAGUGCAGCCGUCGUGGAGGCAGACAUUGAUUUCCUCCUUACAGAGUUGGACCGCCUAGGACACGAUCUGUAGACACUGAACUUUAUCGACCAUAAAGGAGUAGACUAUUCAUGAAGAAAAUGAUGACAGUCUGUAUUCUCUCUAAAAUUUUUAGUUUGUAUCAAAGAGUCACUGAUAUUAACCAACAAAUUUCAGGGCUGUUCUCGAAGAAAUUAUAUUAUCUUACAUUUACCUUAAACAGGCGUGGCUUCAAGUGGCCACCAUUUUAUGAACAAAUAGAAAUCACGUGAAUUACAUCUUAUAUAUAUUUAUUUUAUUUUAACAAGCUAACAAUAGCUACUAGUUCAAUUAAUUUCAAGUACUCUACAAUAGUUUAUGCUUCUACUCGGUUAGUUACCAGCGUUGCUCCACGCAGAAAUGUUAUUUUAUAACUUAUUUUAUAACUAAUUUUAUUACUCAUCUACUUUAGGUAUUUUAUUGUUACAUUUUUAGAAGUGGGAGUUCGGAAUCUUAGAAUAACGCAGCUCAUUAAGAAUAACGUAUAUGGUACCCAGGUCACCCUUGGAAAUUAUUCAUGUUCUAAUUAUCAGUCAA